AAGACGACGACGAAGAAGGAGGAAGAGACGCAGCAGCAGCAGCAGCAUCGGCGGCAGCAGUAGCAGCAGGAGUAGCAUCUUCGUUAUCAUGUUCCUUAUCCAGUGCCUGCAGUAAGAUGAAACACAUUCUUUAACCAAAGAGAAGACACGUCUGCAUUAGGAAGCCGUUAACAGAACUUCAUUCUAAUUUAGCGGAUGCUGUCCUACGAUAUAACAUGAUUUCACAUGGUUUUAAGAGCAGCAAAAAUGACUUUACCUUUGGCCCUUGGAAAGUUACAACUGCCAAAAACCAUAUCAUGAAGUCCAAAGACAUUGAAAGAUUAGCGCAAGAGUUGAACUUGCCUGCCCUUCCAGAAAUGUUAUUUGGUGACAACAUUCUGCGCAUCCAACACAGCGGUGGCUUUGGGAUUGAAUUCAACGCCAUUGACGCCCUGAAGAGAAUCAACAACUCUGACGACGCUGUACAAGUGGCUUGCGCUCGACAAUGGCAGGAGAGCAGACUUGCUUCUGAACACGCUCAAGAGGUGGUGAGACCAUACGACUGGACAUUCACCACAGAUUACCGAGGCACCCUAAUAGGAGAAGAAAGGCAGUUAGAGGUGACCGAGACUACAGAAAGAAUCAACUUGGAGAAGCUGAGGGCCCGUGAACAGAUUGUGUUCUUUGAUGAGGUCCUACUGUUUGAGGAUGAGCUGCACGAUCACGGGGUCUCAACGAUAAGUGUUAAAAUUAGGGUGAUGCCCACCAGUUUCUUCACAUUGCUGCGUUUCUUCCUGCGAGUGGACGGUGUGCUGAUAAGACUAAAUGACACGCGGCUGUACCAUGAGGUUUAUCGACAAUUGAAGGUUCCUUUUGCUUCCAGGCUGGACAGAAGUACAUGUUACGAGAGUUCUGCACAAGGGAAAGUAACAUAGCAGAAUUAAAGAAUGUUCCCACCUCGCUCUACAUUGAUCCCAAUGAAAUUGCUCAACAUUUAACCUUCAAGCUAAGACGAUGUGAGAAGUUGAUACUUCCUGAGCAGGAGCAUGAUGCCAUUAAUGAAGACUUUAAAUGACCACUUUAUUCUUCUGUGUUUACUUAAGUAACAGAAUGAACUAUCUAUAAAGUAGAAUUGGUAACAAAUGACUUAUUCAAACAAUAAAUAAUAGUUACCAUUGUGUAUAAA